UUCCUCGACUCUGUCGACGCGUCAACGCAAGCGCACCUGAGAGUUGCAAGUGGGGUAUAUCAGGUCUCAGAAACGGUUCCAUCAGGAUCUUGCACCCUCACCUGGUCCAUAGUAUCCACACAGCCAGUUGGCAAGUUUCAAACUGACUGAGAUGGUCUAUAGUAUUCUACUACGGGCAGUGUUCCUCGCUGCCUUGCAGCAGCAGGCAAGAGCCGUGACUAUCGCCGACAUCCAGGGCGACGCCUGGAUCUCCCCGCUCUCAGGCCAGAAAGUCCAUAACCUUUCUGGUAUAGUCACCGCGAAGGGAACCUCUGGGUUCUGGAUCCAAGAGCCCCGCACGGAGGAUGUGCGCGUGUCAAGCGGUCUCACCGUCUUCACGACUUCGAAAACUAUCCUAGCGAGCGUUGCCGUCGGAGAUAACGUGUCGCUGUCUGGCACGGUCGCCGAUUUCCGGUCGAGCAGCAACCCGACCUAUCUUUUCGCCACCGAGCUCGAUUUCCCUGCGAACAUCACCGUGCUCUCGACCAACCACACCGUCGCCCCGCUCGUGCUCGGCCGGGACCGCAGGCCCCCGACGCAGGCGUUGUCCCGGCUGGACACGGGCAAGGAUGGCUGGCUGUCCGUGCCGAACAACGGGAGCCAGAUCGAGACAGCGAACCGCACGCUCCAGCCGACGAAGUUCGGGCUGGAUUUCUGGGCGAGUCUGGAGGGCCAGCUUGUGACUGUAAGAAAGCCGGUCGCGAUCGCCUUCCCGAACUCCUUCGGCGAGUUUUGGGUGCACGGCGACUGGCCGGUCACGGGGAAGAACAGUCGCGGCGGCCUGUCUAUCACGUUUGGCCCGGACGGCGUCCCAGAUGCUAACCCGGAGACGGUUAUCAUCGGUGCGCCGCUUGACGGUACGAAAAACCCCACCGCCUCGCUGGGGAAGCAGUUCUCGGAUAUCACUGGUGUCGUCUUGUACCAGUUUGGCUUCUACUAUGUCAGGCCACUGACAGCGCCUACGGUCGUUGCAACACCCAAUUCCAUCAUCCCGGCCUCAAAGAUAUUCCCCAGUAGCGAUGAAUGCACCAUCACCAUUGGUGAUUACAAUGUCGAUAACUUCGCUCCGACGUCUGCAACACUACCCCUGAUCGGAAACCAUAUCGGAAACUUCCUCAACACCCCGGACAUUGUCUUCGUGCAGGAGAUCCAAGACAAUUCAGGCCCCACAGACGACGGCACCGUCAUCGCGAACGUGACCCUCACGAACCUCGCCAACGCCGUACAGCAGGCCAGCAAUGCCAGCGCAUUGUACGACUUCACCGAGAUCGCGCCCGUGAACGACCAGGACGGGGGUGAACCCGGUGGCAACAUCCGUGUUGCAUAUCUGUUCAACGGUACCAAGUUCAGCCUUGUUCCAGGCUCCCCCGCUGGCGGCUCCCUCGACGCCACCGAGCCGCAGGUCAACAAACACGGCGUCGUCACUCUAACGUUCAACCCCGGCCGCGUCGACCCCGCGAACGAUGCCUGGCAGGCCAGUCGCAAGCCGCUCGUCGCGCACUGGGAGACGCCAUCCGGCGCACGCUUUUUCACGAUCAACGUCCACCUCACCGCAAAGCUUGGCGGAUCGUCCACCCAGGGCGAUCCGCGGCCUCCGAUCAACGGAGGCGUGGACCAGCGGACGAGCCAAGUCAAGGCAGUCGCGACUUUCGUCAAGAGCAUCCUCCACAAGGACCCGCACGCGAACAUCAUUGUCGCGGGCGACCACAACGAGUACACGCAGACGCGCUCCGUCUUCGAGCCGUUCGAGGGCCUGCUCGUCGAAGUCGACGUCGCCGCGAACGUGCCCCCCGUCGAGCGUUAUACGUACCUGUUCGACCAGAACUCGCAGCAGCUCGAUCACAUAUUCGUCUCGCCCGCGAUCGCCAACCGCGGUAGAGUCAAGGUCGAGCAUGUCCACGUCAACAACUGGGCGUCUACCAUAUCCGCGCGCGGGAGCGACCACGACCCGACCGUCGCGCAGCUCAGGAUUUGCUGAAGCUGAGGGAGGUCACACAAGUCGCUAUUGCUGUAGCUAUGUUUGUAGCUUUUCUGCGUGGUCGAUAUAAAUCAUGUGCUGUGGGGAUACACUUGCGUUUCCUUCCCGUGCUCCGAAAGGCGUGUGUAGGUAGGGGGUCUCGAGGAGACGUUCAGCCCCCCGCCGUGCUCUGUUCUUCACCCUCCUCUUCGUCCGCCAUGCUCUUCCGGAUCUCGUCCCGCCACGCGUCCGCAAAGUCUGAGAUGUCCCUCCCGCUGCUCAUCGCGAGCGCCUCGAUCGGCAUCAUGUUGUGCUGGUGCGCGGGCGCAUUGCGCGUCGCCGCCGGAUGGCUUGGCGAGUCCACCACACGCAGCUCCGGCGUGUCCGGGCGCGCGAGCAGGAUCUCGUGCAACUCGUCGUACGUGAACAGCAGCGGGUCCGUGCGCGAGUGGUACGGGUUGAAGUCGACGAUGUGGCCUCGUGAGAGGUCGCGGGUGAGGAGGAAGUCAAACACGUAGUCGCCUUGGGUCUGCUCCCACUUUCCUUUGAUGUUGGUCUCCCAGAACUCGGUAACGGCCGCUAGCACCUUGUGUUGGGUGUCGCGUUCGUUCCAGAAGUCGUAGUAGUUCGGGUCUCGCUGCGAGAUGCCUAUGAGAACUUCUUGUCGCACGAAGCACCGCAGCUCCCUGGCACGGUCGACUGGGUACCAUUUGCGCAGCACGAGCUCCAGAUCAUAAGGAGGGGAUGUGUCGGUCUCGCGCGGAGGCUCGCAACCGUCGAACACGAGCUCGGGGUCAAGGUCGUGUUGUACGAAGUCCGACGACUUGAGUAACAAGUAGACGUCCGCUGGGGACGUGCACUUGAGAGGAGACGAUGCCGGCAGCAUCCAGGCAGCAUCCCUUGGGGAAGAGAAAUUGAGCUUUGGGAAGACAGCACCAUACUCCGCUAUCGCUGCUCUGAUUUGCGCGUCGAGCUCUGGGAAUGCAAACUUCUGUACAUCCUCGCUCUCGCCAUCCUCGCUCUCAUCGUCGGAAAGAUUGCUCUCAGCCGGCCUGGGUGUUGAAUGAGAGUUGGGGCCGGAGGCAACGCGUGAACAACUAACACGUCUUCGGCACCGUCGGGGACGAACACGCCGUCGAAAUCGAGAUAUUCGCGAAAUGCAGCAGACAAGGGUCGGAUGACGGUGGACUUGAUGGAGUGCUGGCGGAACGCUGGGUACCAAUUCGAGAACUGGAAGGCCAGGAUGGCGGAGGGUGCAUAGGAU